AUGACAGCUGGAAUGAUCAAAGUACCGAGUAUAAUGCCCUUGCGAGUUCCGCUCGGAGGAACCGGCAGAAAAAACAUGAUCGACACUCAUACUCCCAUAGAACUUCGAUCAGAAACACCAGACACUUUGAUCUACUACACGAUUAAUGGAAUGAAGCCCGAACCUUUCAAGCAGAUAGGGAUCAAGUGCACUUACAAGUACAACCGACCGUUUGUUUUGGGUCCGGGAAAGCGAACGGUAAAGGCAAUGGCAACAUCGAGUGAUGGCACAAGAGAAAGCUCCAUCGUCACGAAAACAUUUCUGGUUGAAGAGCCGGAGGGGAAAGAUGAGCUGGCAGAUGAUGUUUCUGAACUUCAACAAAGCAUGUCUUCAUCUACUGGGAAUUUAAGGGAGUCAUCUGGCACUUUGCUUGGACAGAUCCUUGAGAAUACCAAAGGGUCAAAGCUAAAAACUUCGGAGGCAUGGGGAACUGAGGGGGGUUCUAAACGAUUUCUCACGUCAACGCCUGACAACUGGGAAGAAGUAAAAGGCUCAAGUUUCCGAAAGCCAAGGAGUGAGCCUAGAUUUACAACGUCACGGUUUGGAUCAAAUCAGGCAACGAUAGGGACAAUGGAUCGGUCACCUUCUGAAGUUGACGGGGAAUUGAGGGACAGACGUGGUCCCGAGAACAGAGUUCAAGUUAGCAAGAUUCAGCAGCAGACAGAUUUUUUAAAAUGCAUCUACUGUCUAGCACCCAGACCAUCUGACCCUUAUGCAAAGUUUUGUUCUGAAUGCGGCUCUCCCAUUCCUCCGUUGCCAUCAUCCCGACUCCCUCCACCAGAGGGUGGACAGCUUGGAAUGUGUGUCUCCUGUCACUCAUUAGUUCCAUUAAAUACACCCACUUGUAUCAUCUGUGAGGCACCCAUCUCACCACAGCGUCAACCACAGGCAACCAAGAAAUUAGCGCAUAAGUUAAUGUGUUCAGUAUGUGGCACAGGAAACCCACCUGACUUGAAAGUUUGUGUCACCUGUGAAUCAAGGCUUCCCUAUAACGCCAAGCAAAUAUUUACUGGCACUAGUGCACCCCCAAGACCAAAGGACUCCAUUAGUAGCAUCAUGACAUGUUCCAAGUGCUCUCGGGUAAACAGCAGCGAUGCACGCUUUUGCGACUGGUGCGGAUCAAAACCACAGCCUUACCAAAGCCCUCUGAUAUGCUCUCAAUGCCAGGCUUCAAACAGCGCAUUUGCAAAGUUCUGUAAUACCUGUGGAUGUGGCAUAGAACCCCCUCCAAGAAUUUCAAGGCAAAGUUCUGGAAGUGUGAUUGGAACUAUAGUUGAGAGAAGCAGCAUUGAUGAUACGCGAGGAAGAUCAGAAAGUGCAACUUGGUUGCCUGUCUCCAUUCCUUCAACCCCAGCUGAGACAGCAGAUAAAGGUAUAUUACAGUCGAACCCCCAUGUGUGACCACCUCUUGUAAGCGACCACCUCCCAUGAGCGACCACCAAGCAAGCUGUAAAACUGAAUUUCUUUGCACCCUGAGGUCCCAACUAAGUUAAAAAUUGCAGUGACACCAAUACCAACAAUAUUUCACAGAAAAAUGGCUAAGCCAAAUGUCUGGAAAUUGAAAACAACAAUGUGGUACGAUAAAAUAAUAGUGUUCUUAUUAUUUUCUGUAUUUUUUCAUGUCCAUUUGUAUUUUUGCUGUGCAUGAAUUCAUGUGAUGACAUGCUUGUCAAAUAUGUUCCCUGUAAAAUGCGGAUACAUGUUUUGGCAGCCCAGUUUGGUGCAUUUCACCUCGUUGAUUGAUGAACAGAAAUGGCUUUUGAUAUUAAAGUUUGUAAAGCAGUGAAAAACGAUUUUAAUAGGGAGUUUAAGAAAAGGCGGCAGUGGAUUUGUUGCUUUCUUGGAUAGUGAAUUUGCCCAAAAUUUCAGACAAAUCGUUUCUCUGAGAGUAAAGAGACUUCAACAAAGUUCAAAUUAAUUUGUAAGCAUCAAGAUAAUUUAAAAGAAAAAAAUGCCUCACUUCCGGUUGAUGUACAACACUCAAACACUCCCUUUCUUAAGCUCCCUAAUGUCUCUGUUUUUGUUUCGUCUUUCCCCAGCUACCUCUACGGUAGGAUUAUUCUACCCCUCUGCAACCAGCAUCCAGUCACAGUUUGAACUAGAAGCCCAGGAACGGAGUCGGCUCGAGGCUUCAAGAGACAGAAGGCCAGCACUAGCUGCUGUAAGUCCCGGUAAGGGUUUCUGGCGGCAACAGAUGGACCAUGUCUGCUCUCAUAUUCGCGCACAUGCUCAAAACAAUCCAGAUUUCAGGUCUACCAUAGGUGAGCCAAGGCUGGGGAAGAUAAUAACCGCUACAGUUCACGAAGACUUGAAUGGAGAAGAGGUCACAUUGACCGUGACCUUCGCGCGGAGGGAUGGUAAAGAAAUGUGGAAGGAGAAAUCUAAAGCCCUCUCUUCCAGUUUGAGGGCAUUGAAUCUCUCUGGAAGCAGGGAUGACUUGCAAGGGAGCAGGAGACAGACUCAAAAUGGUUUGAAAACCACAGCAAAGGGAAAGAAGCAGAAAAGAAAGGGAAAAGACAGCUAUAAAGAAAAACUAAGUGAAGAGGAUAAGUCACUGUUAAAAGAGAUUGGAGCGAAAGGUACUUAGUUUAGUAUACUGUAUUUACUCAAAUAAGCGCCACCCUCGAAUAGUCUUACCUUUCUUCCUCACCCCUUCCCCGCUCUUUCUGUCGCGCCAUUUUUUGCGCGGUCUUUGAUUCUCGUUCCUCGUUCUUUGCUCCGAAACCGCCCGGAAACGCUGGCUACUCAGGCUAAACUAUUAUCGUGCACGACCACCCCCUGUCUUCCCCCGUAAGCGACCACCAACUCUUCGCAUUUUGGGUAGUCGCUCACGGGAUGUUCUACUGUGUUUACAACGUAGGAAUGUUUAUGUAAACGUAAAUUCUGCAAAAUAGGACUUUUAGACCGAAGUUUCAUCAACAUAUAAGAUUCUAAAAAUGCCGGUUAUGCCCAGCCUAGUUUGUGCAUCCUAGGUCGUUUACCAGGACCACCAGAAAACACCAUUUCUUGUGAAAGCAUUCCACAAAAUGCAGGCCCUUGUAAGCUAUUCAAUUUCGGCCAAAAGAUGUACAAAUACGCGGCAACAUAAGAGAAAUAAACGAUCUAAGUGAUUAUUUCUUGUCUAAUUUUUCUUUUAGGGGAAGGAAGAGAAGACGAAGUGCAGAGAUUGCUUGACGAAGGAGCAAAUCCUGAGUGUGUGUCAGCCGAUGGGAAUCCGGCUAUCAUUAUUGCAACUGUCAACAAGCACUCAGACUGUCUUCCGUUAUUGGUAAACGCAGGCGCUAAACUGAAUGCCAAAAAUAUGACCAAAGGAAAUACUGCUUUACAUGAAGCAGUGCUCCUUGGCGCAGGUGGACUGAAGUGUGUUGAUGCUUUGCUAGGGCUGGGAGCGCGUACCAAUGUGGCAAAUGACGCAGGACAGACAGCGUAUGACCUGGCGAUGUCAUCGGGUCUGGACAGUGUAGCUCAGAGAUUCACUUCCAGUGUGGGAGAUGAAAUGCUGCAGAAACUUACCAAGCCGAAGAAAGUGAGAUCUAUAGAUGAAGAUUUCUAGUAGGAAUAUUCAAGGGAAUUUAUAAGUUUCUUUAAGUUGUCUCUGAGUAUUUUGUUUCGCUUUUUUUUUCAAGCAAAAAUACGGGAAACGAAAGCUACAGAGUACGUUUUUUUUUUUUUUGAAAAAAUGCUCAGCCCUCAGAAUGGGCGUUUAUUUUGUGCGUUUAGGUGAGCCAAGGCACAGGGGACAUGCGGCACAAGACACGCGGAGGAAGGGGCGCGGGAAAAAAACGCGUCUUUCCAAACCAC